UAAAUUUGUUCUUUAGUGUGAAAUAAAUAAAUAAAAUUGUGAGUUUUGAGAAGCUUUGCAGCCAUGGGAGACUUGAAGAUGAAGAACAUCCUCCGAAGUGAAGCCCUCACAAAGUACAUUUUGGAAACUAGUGCAUAUCCCAGAGAGCAUCAACUACUCAAGGAACUCAGAGAGGCCACUGUCAAUAAGUACAAGGAAAGGAGUCUAAUGAGUGUGACCGUUGAUGAAGGACAACUAAUCUCAAUGCUUCUAAAGAUCAUGAACGCCAAAAAGACAGUGGAGAUUGGGGUUUUCACUGGGUAUUCUCUCCUUACUACCGUUCUUGCUCUCCCACAUGAUGGCAAGGUAAUAGCAAUAGACCCAAGGAGAGAAGCCUACGAGGUAGGGCUACCAUUUAUUAAGAAGGUUGGUGUGGAGCAUAAGAUCAACUACAUUCAAUCCGAUGGCAUGACUGUUCUAAACAACCUCCUCACAAAUGAGAAACAAGAAGGGUCUUUCGACUUUGCAUUUGUGGAUGCUGAUAAGGAAAACUAUAUGAAUUACCAUGAGCUCCUCUUGAAAUUGGUUAAGAUUGGAGGCAUCAUAGCAUAUGACAACACUUUGUGGAAUGGCAGUGUUGUCCCUUCCAAGUAUGGAGAAGAAGCAGAGGACUCUGCAAGGGAUGCUCUGAGAAAGUUGAACAGCUUCUUAGCUUCAGAUUCUCGUGUCGACUUAUCUCACGUUUCCAUUGCCGAUGGCCUCACCCUCUGUAGGCGGCUCUCUUAGCAAAAACAAAACUUCAAAAAUGGAAGCAGUUUCUGUAAUUACUAGUGCCUAAUAAAACCAACAGGUGAAUGCUGGGCUUAAAAAUAGGAUUCUCAAGGCUGCUCUUUUUUCUUCUUUUUUUUAUUUUAUUUAUUUAUUUAGUAAGAACUCACUUUCGCGAUCACUUUGUUGACUUUGUUUGAUGCCGAUACUAUUCAGGGGCGGUGUUAGGGUAAUCACUUGACUACCCUGAUAGUUAGCUCACCAUAGUACAGCAUUAAUGACAUAAUAAAUAAAUAAUUCACUUGA